AUGGCAACUCAAAAUUCCCAGUGUCAAGAAGAAACAAGAAAUAAUCAGAGGAACAUUAUUUCUUCUAUCAAAAAUCUUGAAGUUCAUAUGGGUCAGAUAACACAACAAAUAAUAGGUUCUCGAGCACAAGUUUCCCUAGCAAGUGCAACAGUACAAAAUCCGAGAAAUCAUGAGAAUGUUAAUGUUGUCACGACAAAAAGUCAGAAAGUUGCUAAAGAUGAAGAAGAGAAGGCAACAAAGGAUGCCCAUGUCAUAGAGGUAGUUCUGGAAGUGAGGGAAAAUAAGAAAGAAGAAGAAGCUAUACCACCAGUAAAGCUAGUUGAAGAGAAAAAUAAAAAAGAGGCUAAACCAGUGAUUAAGUUACCUUACCCUCAGAGAGUGACAAAGAAGGAUCCAAAAUACUUUGAGAAAUUCAUCACAAUGUUCAAAAAGUUAGAGACCAAUAUGCCUUUCUUUGAAGCACUCGAGAAAAUGCCCAUGUACCAAAAAUUUAUGAAAGAGGUAAUCGCUAAGAAGAGACCAAUAGAAGAUGGGUCAGUAACCUUUAAUGAAAAAUGUAGUGCAAUAUCACCAGGUAGGAGAAUCCCAAUAAAGCACAAGGAUCCUGGAUUUGUCACAGUCCCAUGCUCUAUAAAAGACAAAACUUUCAAGAAGGUACUAAUUGAUUCUGGAGCCAGUGUGAGUCUAAUGCCAUUGUCAAUCUACCAAAGGCUUGGUAUUGGAACUGUCAGUGAAACAAGGACAAAUCUGAAAUUUGCAGAUCACUCCAUAAAGAAUGCAUAUGGGAUAGUGGAAGACGUAUUGGUGACAAUAGAGGAAUUUAGUUUUCCUAUUGAUUUUAUGAUCAUAGACAUACCCGAGGAUGAAGAGACACAUAUCAUUCUUGGUCGACCAUUCAUGCAGACAAGUCGAUGCAAUUUCGACAUAGAGCACGGUACACUAACUUUAAAAGUUUAUGAUGAUGAAAUAACCUUGAAUGUUCUUGAAAAUAUGAAGCUAGAGGUAGAAAAAGAAUAUCACUAUCAAGUAGGCAUGAUCAGGACAAAUGUGAAAGGCCAAAGUAACAUGCCAACAUCAGAAAAAGUCUCAAGAAGGCCAUCUCAACUAGUAUCACCUCCAUUAGCAACCCCGAGUGGAAAAACUUCUAUUUCCAUUCUAAAAGCCAUGAGAAAUAAGGGAAAGCGACAUCGAGGUAAGGAUAUGGAAGUUGGAAAGGACUUAUGGCACAAAGGAGUCCAAAUCUCUGAAAAAGAAAGUUUCUUAGUUUUGAAAAAGAAGUGCAACAAGGUGUGGAAGCUGAAGUACCCCCCAUAA